AUCGAUUGUGAUUCAGUGAUGUCCAAGAAUACCACACAAUAGAUUGAUGCAAAAUGAUGGUUUACAACAACAAAUCCAGUGUUUUUGUGCAUACCCUUAUGUACAUGUUGAACCAAAGUGUGAUUCAAGAGGAAAAUUCCUACAAUUAUUAUUAUUUGCAAAUCGGAAAGGAAUCGAAUGCUACAAAGUGUUAUGGAAUUUAUGGCUGUUUUCCUCUAACUCCCCCUUGGACAUCAGAGCACAGACCAGUAUCUUUAUUUCCCGAAGAUAUACACAAGAUAGAACCAAAAUAUUUGCUCUACACAAGAAAUCAUUACCCCAAAGCAUAUUUCCUAGAUAUCUACGAAAUCGAAAAUUUGCAUUAUCAACCUAUCGGUGCUAUCGAUUUCGAUCCCAGCAAGCCUAUCUACCUAGUGAGUCAUGGAUAUCUUGAAGGGGGUACAAUAGGAUGGAUCUCGAACAUGUCGAAGGCCCUCCUGGCCCAACAGGACUGCAACGUGAUCGUGGUGGACUGGCAGGGGGGUUCCGGGCCCCCCUACACGCAGGCCGUGGCCAACAUACGGCUGGUGGGGGCGAUAACGGCGCAUCUUCUGGGGGAGAUGGCGAACCACACGGGGGGCGCGCAGCUGGACCACGUGCACGCCAUCGGGCACUCGCUGGGCGCGCACAUGUUCGGCUAUGUCGGCUAUACUUUGCAAAACACCUUCAACCUCACCCUGGGCAGAAUCACAGGUCUGGACCCCGCCGAGCCCCACUUCUCCAAAACCCGCCCACCCGUGCGGCUGGACCGCUCGGCCGCCCGAUACGUCGACGUCAUCCACACGGACGCCAGCCAGUUCAUCAGGGGCGGGCUGGGCAUGGCGGAGAGCAUAGGUCACGUGGACUACUACCCGGACGGGGGCACCGACCAGCCCGGCUGCACGAAGGGCGUGCUGCAGUUUAUCAGGGAUAGCGAGGGCAGUCUCUUCAACGGGGUGAAGAAAUAUUUGAGUUGCAACCACCUGAGGAGUCACGAAAUUUUCCUAGAAAGCAUAACCCCGAAUCCCAAGUGCAAGUUCAUGUCGGUGUCUUGUUCAUCAUUUCAGGAUUUCACUAGUGGAAAGUGUUUCGAUUGCGGAAAACGCAGUGAAAACUGCAUACCGUUCGGAUUUCACGGAAGAAAACAUUAUGAAAAAGUAUUGGGCAAUAAGUUGCGUGGGAAGAGUAAGAUUCAGUAUUUAAUCACCGGUGAAGGAAGACCACAUUGCAAAAGCCACUACAGGAUCAUCGUGCAAAUAUCCGACUCGAAUUCCAGCCGCCUCCACGGCGGCGAGGUGGGCCAACUGUUCUUCACGAUGCACUCCACCAGUGACGGCAGAGGGCAGAAGACCGCCCCCGUCGGCUUCCAUUCCGGCUUCCACCGCCCCGGGGAGGCGCACAUGGGGGUGGUGGCGGCCGAGGGGGUGGCUCGCCUCAGGGCGGUCCAGAUAGAGUGGAGGUACAACAGCAGCUUCGUCAACCCGCUGACUUGGCGGUUAAUGUCAACGCCGAAAAUUUACUUGAAGAAGGUUACGAUAGAGGCGUUAGAAAUCAACGAGAGAAUCACUGUUUGCCCAAAAGCCCAAAAACCGCUAAUAAACGGAUCGCCCCAACUGAUGAUCUCUUCAUAUUGUUAGGUUAUAUCCCAUCCAAAGGACACUCCAAAAAUUUGUGAUAAUGAUGUUUAAAUAUUGUAGAAUAAAUUCUUUGUUCAGCAUUAAAUGAUGAUUG